ACUAACACAUACCCCCAUGAUUCUAAACACUCACAUCCAUGGCCAAUCAUUUGCCCCCGAAAGACCAAUCACCCGCCACCCAGACUCCACUCUCCGUUGUUGUCCUGCCUCAGCAACAACAACUGAUCCACGACGGCGUAACAGCCAUGCAUACGCCGAGGCCUGUUCCAUCUCCUCCCGGUUCCGGACGGCAUUCGAGUUAUCGUGGAAUACGAUGCAGGGGCGUGAAAUGGGUGUCCGAGAUACGGGAGCCGCGUAAAACCACGCGUAUAUGGCUCGGAACGUACCCCACCCCUGAAAUGGCAGCCACCGCGUAUGACGUGGCCGCUAUUGCCUUGAAAGGUUCCGACACGGACUUGAACUUCCCGGACAUGAUUCUUUCCUACCCCAGAGUGGCCUCUACAUCCGCCACCGAUAUUCGUGCGGCCGCCGCUAGUGCCGCCGCUUCCAGGCUGCCCAAGCCAGAUACAGGGCCGUCACAGGGCCAGGGAAACCUUGAAAACGAGGGGUCGAGCAGUUGCAUGGAAUAUAUUGACGAGGAGGAGCUUUUGAACUUCCCCAAUUUGAUGGUGGAUAUGGCCGGAGGAAUGCUGGUAACCCCUCCCAGGAUAAACUCGCCACCCUCCUAUUAUUCGCCGGAGGAUUCUGGCGUAGAAAGCCUCUGGGCUUACCCAUAAAAGUGUGUGAGGAAG